AUGGACAACAACAGCUGCCAUACUAUGGAGAUUUUGCGUAUAAUGGGGUUUGCUGAGGAAUAUCGACAACAACCCGGCGCUGUACCACAGCAUAGCGAUUGGGAUACUAUUUUUUUCAACACUUGCGGGCAGAAGAAGAAGCUUGUUGCUCGAUGGCCCAUCCCAAGCAACAACGAAUAUCGCGCCAGGAUUCACGCAAAUAACGAUGGCUCACAGCCUGCGGAGCCGGGUCAACGUUGCUCGCAGAUAGUGCUUGAAGCAUUCUUAAAGAAAAAAUGCCUCGCCGAACCCCUGAUUGCAAGUCACUUUGGUUACAAAUUUAUAUCGCUUGAGGAAGAUGAUGAGGGGGUCACUGCUACUUUCACAGAUAUGGACAAUCAGGAAAAGAAGAUUAGAGCGUCUUACUUGGUUGGCGCAGAUGGUGCCCGGAGUAAAGUAAGGAAAAGCGUCGGGAUUGGACUCCAGGGGAGACCACUGCCAGGUGCAUUUUUCAUGGUCCACUUCCGGUCCAAAGAACUCACCCAACUCUCCCCAUUCGGCAAGUGGUGGCACGCCUUUGGCAUCCACGGCGGCUUUAUGAUUGACCAAGACGACGUCGACACCUAUACCUGUCACGAACCUUGCUCUGCUGAUGCCGCCGCCAUCAGGGAGCUCCAAGAACAUCCUGAAGAAAUCCCUUAUCGUGUCCUUGGAAGUCUCGGCAAGCCUUACAAAUUUCAAAUCGACGAAAUCAUGCUGGCGAAUGCAUGGCGUCCGAACUUUGCUCUUGCAGAUUCCUACGUCAGUCGUGAUGGACACGGCCGUGUGUUCCUCUGCGGCGACGCUGCUCAUCAGAACCCUCCACAUGGUGGCUAUGGCAUGAACAGCGGCGUAGAAGACGCUAUCUCGCUCGCAUGGCGUCUUUCAGCUUUAUACAAAGGCAUCGGUGGUAGCAACCUCGUUACUUCAUAUACGCAUGAGCGCAGACCGAACAUGAUGCUGCGUCUCGAACGUUGUGCUGCUCACAUCGGCAAAUUCACUCCGAUGAUCAUGCGUACUAUGACGGCGCCGAACACAGACAUUUUCCUCGAGGAGAGCGAGGAAGGAGAGAACGCACGAGUCGAGAUAGCAAGGCACCUGGACAGCGUGGGACCUGAAAAUAUCGACCGUGGAGUGGAACUGGACCUGAGAUAUUUGAAUAGUGAAAUUAUCGUGAGCGACGGGACGAGGGAACCGAGAUUCGAUAACAUGCGCUAUACGCCAAGUACAAGGCCCGGGCAUAGGGCGCCACAUGUAUUCUUGAGGGACGAUCAGACAAGUAUCGUGGAUCUCUAUGGAACAGAGUGGUCAUUGAUGGACUUCUCAAAGAUCGAAAGCGACUAUCAAACGACCAAUGGCUUCGACAGGUCGGAUGAUGAAGCGUCAUCCCCGGUGGCGACAUUCAAAGCUGUAGCCAAGGCAAUGAAGAUGCCGCUGACGCACGUCCAACUGGAUGCCGGAGAGAAGCACGUUAAGAACGUGUGGGAAAAUUACGAUUAUGUUUUAGUCCGUCCGGACGGGUACGUCGCCUGGCGUGGAGGCAAAGAAGGGGCGAGGGAUGAACGUUGUGAACUGAACGAAGGACGGAUCAGGAACAUUUUGAGAAUUGCGCUGGGCUGGAAGGCAGACCCUGGGUUCGUGGUGGGGGAGAAGAAGGAGUUGAAUUUGAAAAUCAAUUUGACAAGCAUUCAUGGUGUGGAAGAGGAGCUAGGGAUGGGCAAGGGCUACGGCGAUGCCUUUGUGGGAAUUUUCAGGGAGGACAAGAGGAAAUAG